UGGCGUAAAGUUGUGUGAUUUAAAACUGUUAACCUUUUUAUGCAUUUCAGUUAUAUUAAUUAAUCAAUUUGGUUUGAUUACUUAGUUAUAUUUAUGCAAUUAUAUUAAUACUUGAUUGAUUUAUUAAUUUUAAAUGUAUAACUUGAAUGCAUUACACUUACUAGUUUUAUGCUAUAAAUCAGAAUCAGUCACAUAACCUAGGAUUCUAUGUUUUAUAUCAAAAUGAAGGUGAGAAGUAGGUAAUGGAAAGUGAAAGUGAAGUGCUUUCUCCUGAUGCACGGCAAUUGAGAAAGCUAGUCAUUUGACAGAUAGUGUUCACUUUAUACCAAUGUGUAUGUUGGUAACUUUAGCUUAUAUAUAACAUAAAGUUAGCUCAAGUAUGGAACUAAACUUAUUAAAGAUAGGCUUUACUCUUAUGACUCUGUUUAUUGUUGUCAUUGGAGGGUUUAUUAAUAAUUUUGAGAAAUGUUUACCUACUUUUAUUGCUCAAACAUUCAGGUAUGGAAAAUUCGCUUACAAAGGUGAACCUUCAUCUUUGAGAUUUAUUAUCUUGGAGGUACCCAAAAGAUGGUUCAAACAUUUCUACAUUUUUUCGUCAAUAUGGUCUACAUAUGCUCUUAUGUUGAUGACCUACGUGUACAUAUUCGGAGGAGACAUGCCUCAUUAUGUAAAUGUGUGUUUGGAUUUCUUAGGAACUUCACAUCGAAGAGCUGGAGUGAGUGCAAUAUCAGCAUUUAUUGCCUUGAUAUUACUGACGCUUCAAAGCUGGAGGCGUUUCUAUGAGACAUUUUUUGUGAGUGUGUUUUCUGACUCGAACAUAAACAUCGCACACUAUAUGGUUGGCUACAUACAUUACUUCGGUGCUGUGGCGGCCGUACUCGUGGAGGCACCUGGUCUCACUCCUCUCUCUAUCGAACACAAAGCUGUCGUCAGCCUGAGUGACAUUCGCUGGACAGAUGCGCUGGGCUCGGCUCUGUUCCUGUGGGCGUUUGUCCACCAGUUCCGAGCUGCUGUCAUUUUAGCCAACCUCAGAAAAAAUAAGAAAGGAGAUGUGGUCAGCAUGAGACACAACAUACCUAGUGGGGACUGGUUUGAACUGGUUUCCUGCCCACACCUGCUCAGUGAGGCCCUCAUGUAUCUAGGGCUGGGCCUGGUGCUGCUGGGCAACUACACUUGGCCCUUCGUCUUCUUCUGGGUCCUGUCCAACCAGAUGGAGACUGCCCUCCUGACUCACUGGUGGUAUUUGUCUCAUUUCAAAGAGUAUCCCAAAGAACGUCAUGCAUUUAUACCUUACGUACUAUAGUUGACUGAUCGUAGUAGUAGCAGAGAGGUCUUCAGUGGGUUACAGUUUAUUUGAUCGGGAAGACUGUAUUCUACAAUGGAGAUAUGUUGAUUGAAUGGUCACUUGUAGCCUAUGUAAUACUAGAUAGAUUGUUCACUGAUAUUGCCAAAGUUAAUUUAAGAAAAAAUGUUUUUUCUCAUAUAAACAUGUAUGCAAAAUUCAACUACAGAUUGAAUAAAAUAGUGCACACAGAACAGUUGAACAGUCUGAUAAACUCUCAUAAUAAAAACGUUUACAAUCAUAUAACUAUUGUAGUCUAUUAAACUUUUGAAAAUGAAUGGUAUCAUCGCCUUUAAAAAAUUAAAUUGGUUCCUUAUACAAAGAUUCAACACCUAAUAUUUUUAUUUAGUCUUAGCCUUUUUGAUAAUUUUUUGAAGUGUUCCUAAGAAAACAAACGCUUAACUUCAAACUUUAAAAUAUAUUAUGCACAAAGAACUGUGAAUUUAUUUUAAUAAUAACGUAUAUAUGUAUAUUUUUAGGAAAAGGAUUUUACAAAUACAAUAAUGAAAAUAACACUGCAAUAUUGAUACACAAGAUAAAUCUGUAAAAUUGUAAUUGAUCUAUUCAAGGCAGUAUGAAUAUUUAUUAUGUUAUUGUUCACUACUUACUAUACUAUUU